CACAAACUUAUAUUUAAAACAAUGAGUAAAAUUCAUCAGUAAAAUUAGUUGUGAUCAGUUGUUGGCAGUGAAAACAUCGUUUGAAUAGAAGAACUUACUACGACGCAUUCAAAAUGAAUUUGCGUAUAUUAUUGGUGUUGUCAGUUAUUCUAACACUUUCAAAUGCUUACAAGGUGUUGUUUCUCGCUCCAUUCAAUGGAAAAAGUCACUUUUUGUACACACAAACAUUUGUAAAAGCACUUCUCAACCGAGGGCAUGCGGUUACAUUCCUAACUAGCAAUUCAUUGAAGAACAAUAAUCUAUCCAACUAUACCGAAUAUCUGAUCGACCCCCCUCUCGAUAUGUCCACUUUUAGAUCUCAAGACGAUCUAUUUGAUAAUGGUAAUAACCCACUUAAAAUGAUCGGCCUGAUGAGCAUAUUCCCAAGAUUUUUCAACGAGUACCACCUUAAAAGUGCCGCGGUUCAAAAAUUAAUUCACAGCACUGGAUUGCACUUCGACGUGAUUGUGAUGGAAGACUUUUUCAGCGAAAAUCUCAUGAUGUUUGCUCACAAAUUCAAUGCACCGAUCGUGAAAAUUUGUCCCUUUGGUGCCACCGAUUUCAAUGAUCGAGCAAUGGGGCUUCUCACUCCUUCGAGCUUUGUUCCACAUUACAUGCUAGCAUACUCCGAAGAUAUGACAUUCUUUCAAAGAUGGUUCAAUACUAUUGUUAUCUUUUAUGAUUGGGCUUUCCGAACUUUUGUCUACCUACCAAGUGAAGAAGCGUUCGCAAAAGAGCACUUUGCACACUUGAAACCAUUGCCAUCGAUGGAUGAACUAUUCCAAAAAGUGUCUAUAAUUUUAGUCAACACUCAUAGAGCUUUAUCACCACCGCGACCAUCAAUGCCAAGUAUAAUAAACAUCGGAGGGGCCCAUUUGAAACCAGUCAAACCAUUACCAAAGGAUCUUCAGACAUUUUUGGAUGAAUCAAAGGAUGGUGUCAUUUAUUUCAGUCUGGGAACAGUUGUGCAAAGUUCGAAAUUGCCAAAAGAGAAGCUCCAAGUAUUUUUGGAUUCAUUUAAAAAUCUCAAACAACGUGUUCUAUGGAAAUUUGAGGAUGAGUCGCUGACGGGUGUACCACCAAAUGUGAUGAUCAAAAAGUGGAUGCCACAAAAUGACAUUCUUGCCCAUCCGAAUGUGGUGCUUUUUAUUUCACAUGGCGGCUCCUUUGGUACAUCUGAAUCGCUCUACCAUGGUGUACCGUUGCUCAUCAUUCCAUUUUUUGGUGAUCAACAUCGCAAUGCACACCGAAUCGCCACUGUUGGCAACGGCAACUUUCUGAUAUUCAACGAAUUAACAACAGAUACUCUAUCGGCGACAUUGACACAGAUACUUACGAGUGAUUCCAUUCCGAUCAAAGCGAAAGAAAUUUCAGCCAUUUUCAAAGAUAAUUUAGUUCAUCCGAUGGAAGAGGCUAUGUUUUGGAUUGAACAUGUUGCGAAAUUCAAAGGCGCAAAACAUAUUCAAUCACAUGCCAUUCAUAUGUCAUGGUUUUCUUAUCUUCUGAUUGAUGUUUUUAUUGUUACGGCGAUUGCAGUAUCUGCGAUACUCUUCACAAUUUACUGGUUGAUUAAGAAAUUAUUUUCAAGAAAGAAAGCCAAGCAACAAUCACAGAAAAAACAAAAUUAAUUUAUUUCUAACGACUUUGAAGGUUGAACUUUCUAAACACUUUGUAAUAGUAGUAAAACAAAUAGCUACAAACCAAUAUCAUAAAAUCAAUAUCAAUUUCUUGUGUUAUUUGAAAUGUUCAUUAUGUAGAUAUCAAUAAUAAUGCAACUCACAAUGUCA